AUGGACUGGAAAGAGUGCACUUCUGGGCCUGUCUACAGCCACCCUUUCCUGCUUGCGCCAUUAUUUCUCUUCACAUACCUAAUAACCCUGUCACUAUACCGUCUCUACUUCAGCCCACUUGCGAAGUUUCCUGGUCCCCGCCUCGCAGCUCUCUCGUCCUGGUAUGCGGGCUAUCAUGAUCUGGUUCGCGGCGGCAAAUAUGUCUGGGUUGUCGAGGAAAUGCAUCGCAAAUAUGGGCCUGUGGUUCGAGUAAGACCCGAUGCUCUGCACUUCAAUGACCCAAACUUCAUCGAAGAGAUCUACGCGCAGUCCCCGAAACGUCGGCGUGAGCGAUAUAAGACGGUCGUGCAGAAUUUGCAAGCUCCCGGGUCGAUGCUCGCCACAACUGACCACGACUUUCACCGUAAACGGAGGUCUGUUCUCAACCCCUAUUUCUCGCAACAAAAUGUCCGGCGUCUGGAGCCUGUUAUCAACGACACGCUAUCUGCACUUCUGGAUCGCAUGAACGGUUGGGGCAAGACCGGCGUGCCGAUCCAAAUGAGCGUCGCUUUCCGAGCAGCGACCAAGGAUAUCAUCCAGGCUUAUGCAUUCGGAGAGGGUAAGAAGUGUCUGGACAUGGAGGAUUGCAACGCCGCCUUCUUUGACAUCAUGACGCCCCAGAGAGUCUGUCAUCUCGGCACUUACGUGUACUGGCUGGCCUAUAUCAUGGCGAACCUGCCGCCCUCCAUCACGAUAUCCCUUGUCCCUCGCGUCGCCGUCUUUGCAAGGUUCAUCGAGGGACUCGCAGAUCAGAUCGAACACAUCAAGGCCGCAAAGGAACUAUCUGAAGGUCGUACGAUAUUUCACGAAAUCAUAAGAAGCGACAUUCCUGAAUCGGAGAAGCAAACCCGGCGACUUGUAGAUGAGGCUAUGGUGAUUGUUGUCGCUGGAUCCGAAACCACUGCAUCGACUCUCGCUGCCAUCAUGUAUCAUUUGCUUGCAGAUCGGGAGCUUCUGAAUAGGCUGAAAAUUGAACUGGAAGCUGCUAUUCCCAACCCCAAGCAGCUACCGGUCGCUUCGAGGCUGGACGGCCUUCCGCUCCUGAACGCCGUCAUCCAGGAGGCAAUCCGACUCUAUCCAGGAGCCACCCAUCGGCAAGAUCGCACCUGUCCGGACGAAGACUUGGUCUACGAGUGUCCAGACGGACGACAAUACGUAAUACCGAAAGGUACUGCUGUGGGGAUGACAGCGCCAAUCAUCAACCGCCACCCGGAACUCUACGAGCGUCCGAAUCAGUUCCUCCCCGAUCGAUAUAUCCAGAACCCCGAGCUGAAGAAGUAUAACAUGUCGUUCUCGAAGGGCGGGAGACAAUGCAUCGGCAUCAACCUGGCGUACCAGGAACUCCAGACGUUUACAGCUGGGAUCUUUCGCCGUUACAGUCUCUACGAUCCAGACAAGGGUGUGCAGGAUGGACCGACGCUGGAGUUAUUCGAGACCAGACGAGAAGACGUUUCCAUGGAUGCAGACUAUGUCACGCCAGCACCAUACGAGGGUAGCCAUGGCCUCCGCGUACGCAUCCGUGCUUGA